AUGAAUGAAGAUCAAAAGAAGAGGAUCAGACAGCAGUAUGUCUACCUGGUCAACAACCUGACAGACCCGAGGAGUACAGGGCUUGCUGCACACCUGUACCAAGAUGGCGUCAUUGAACUGCGAGAUCGUCAGAUUGUUGAGAAGAAAAAAGCAACAGAAGACGCCAUAAAACACCUGCUAGAUGCCGUCAUGAACUCUUCACAUCAGGGCGCAUUUGAUUGUUUCCUCAAACUUUUAGAAGAAUAUAGACAAGACUACCUGGCCAAUGUUUUAAGACAAAGUGACAGUUCUGAUGGAACAGAAGAAUAUGGACAAGACUACCUGGACAAUGUUUUAGGACAAAGUACCAGUUUUGACGGAACAGAAGACAAUAAAUCCCCUGCCACCUCCGUGUGUUUGGACUGUUACCAAGACGUGUGUUCUCUGUGUGCCGGCUGUCAUAGGAGGACAAACGUCUCGAAAAAGCACAGACUGAGGGAAUUAACAGCUGCAGCCUCAGACAAAUGUCAGGUACACCCGUCCAUUUAUCCUAAUUCCUACUGUCCCCAAUGUGACGUCCUUGUCUGUGAGCGAUGUAUGGUGGACACACACAAAGGACACGCGGACGCUUGGAAAGACGUCAUAACAGGGGCCGAGGACUUGAAAUGUAAACUGAACGGGAUUAUUUCUGAAAUCAAAGAUAUAACUCUCAACAAACCGUCAAUACAAAAAGAAGAACAGAAACGACUAGCCGACUUGGACGACCAAAGGCUGCUAGCUAAAGAAGCUAUUGAGACACGAGAAGACGAACUUUACAAGCUGGUGAAAGCAGGUGCUGAAAAAGCCAAAGAGGAUGUAGACAGAGCGUAUUUGGAUAUAAAACUUCAGCUGCAAAUAACCAAUAAAAUAGAAUCCCUCGAAAAACAACUGAAAGCCUAUGAAAAUAUGGUGAAUGACGCUUCCGUCUCUAGUGUAGUUAAAAAUCACGCGGAAUGGGAGGCUUCACUAAAGGAAAUGUUGGAGACGCUUUCCCCCACCUCUCCCGUGCCUGUGCUAAGAUUUCAAACCAUCACUUGGGCAGAAACAGCCAUACAGCAGGCAAUGGGUGCGGUGGUUAUAGGAGAGAUCACACCGACACUGAUCACACAACACCAUCUGCAGUAUUCUAAGGACCCGAAAGAAUGGCCCAUAGCUGUGGACAGCAUGCCUGGUGGUGACGUCGUGGUAGGGACGGGGUGUAAAGCUGAUAAAACCAAGCGUCGUAUCAUCAUCUGUUCCUCAACAGGAGACAUCAAGAAGGAGAUUAAAGUUACGGGACUGGGAGGACUGACAAUACUACGUGACGGUACAAUAGCAGUUACUGUAUGGGACAGUAGUACACAGGAAGUAAGGAUAUAUACUAAAGACGGUGGUAUGAUGUCAUCGUUCAAGUGCAGCACACCUGGUCGUAUUACAGUGAACCACGAUGGACAUCUGGUCGUGAUGGAUGCUAGAACAGCCACAUGUGGUAACGUAAUGGUAUAUCAUACUGACGGUACACAGCUCAGGGUAUUCACUGAUAUCUCAGUGAAACCAGUACAAUAUGUCUUGAAGUGCAUAACAACCACACCCAGUGGUGACGCCAUAGUAUCAGAUCCCAAUGACUGCUGUAUACGUGUCUACACACCUGAGGGUCAGCUACGGUACGCGUACGGUGGGGAGGGCGUCAUGAAGAGUUCAUAUGGUGUCUGUGUGGAUGAAGAUGGAACCAUAUUUAUCUCCGACCUCCAUGCUGACAACAUCCACCAGGUGUCUCCUGCUGGUCAGUUCAUACGAUAUGUGCUGACAGCCAAGGAUGGACUGUGGGCACCCAGGGCAGUGUGUAUCAACCAGGAAGGGCACCUCGUGGUAGCUCAACAGGACGGAUGGAUCAAUACAUACAAGUAUAAAUGACGAUCUAUGGCUGUCAUAGUGACAGUCCGAAAUUAACUUUGGAAAUGAUAACAUCAUAACUACAUUUAGAUGCGUAUU